UGUGUUGUGUUUGGUUUCGGUGGUAAGCACUUAUGUUCCGUUUUAAUGUCCUCCUAGAGAUACGUAUCUCAAGAUCGACAGUCUAAUCUCUGCAUAAAUCCACCCUAUAUAGUCUACUUCCCGCUUAUAUAAACGGGAAGUGAUACAUAUGUAUCACUGACAUUUAAGUAUCAGUCGUGUGCACACGACAAUGAUUCUGGUGUAACUGACAGAUAUGACAGUCUUCGAUCGAUAUUUGGCAAGGAAUAUAAGCAUUAACUUGUUAGUUUUACGCUUUUCUUGGACUUAGCUGAUGAUUAAGAACUUCGUCUUAGCUGCCAAUUUCGGGGAAAAUUUGGCACAUUUUGGGGAAGCCGCUAUAGUAAACUUUGGGGAAAUGGCACAAAACCCCCCAAAUUCCCUUUUAACCUUGGCGAAGGUCAUUUGACUUCAGCAGUUUCCCUAAAAGUUCCCCAAAAUUGGAAGCUCGGGUCUGUUCUAAAUGAAAUACUUGCUCUUAUCAACAUUUGACAUGCCUGUAGGCAUGUCUCGAUUGUCACAAAGCAGCAGAUUCAAAUGGAAUAUUCAAAUGAUAGUAUGAGAAAAUGUUCGAAAACACCCGGGGAAGCCACAUAUCCCCAUUAUCAGUGACGGGUGUGAUUUUGUUCAGUGAAACAUCAAAAACAUUCACAAUGUCUGAGCUCCGCGUCGCUGAAAUAUCUGAAGAUACUGCAGAUAACCUAAAAAAGUUCAAAUUUCGAAAAUCCCAGAACACAGUUGCCCUCAUAUUGAAAAUUGAUAAAGAAGCUUUGAAAAUCGAACCAGAACAAAUACUUGAAGAUAUUACACUUAACAAUCUCAAAGAUUCUUUACCGUACCAUCAACCAAGAUAUAUUCUUUUAAGUUACCGUUAUGAAAAGGAGGAUGGUCGAGUAACAUUUCCAUACUGUCUAUUAUUUUCAACUCCAAUGGGAAACUAAAUUGUCUUCUACAGAAUCAGAAAUGCGACUUGUGUCAAAGCAUCAUUCUAAUUACUUCAUUGCCUACUUUACUAACUAACUUGUCAAAGAAUAACUAAGAUGUAUCUAUCUCUCGGUCCUGGGGUCUGGACACGUAAUCCAGGUAUUCCAGCAUUACACUGGGGUAAAAGAGAGCCGAGUUCAUAACACAUAUCCUGAAUACUACAUUCGUUCAGACUUAAUCACUUUCACCGUGUACCUGCAGAAAUCUUGGGAUAGUGUUCUUGUCGAGCUACAAUUGUGCCGACAGGCUUCAAGAAGCACUUGCUUUACUACAACCACACAUGGGAUCCCUAGAAAUAUUUGCUUUAAAUUUUUGUGGCUGUCUCUCAUUAUUAUGGGCUUUAGAGAUCAGUGAUGCUAAAGGAUGGGUCAGUUAAAAGGACCUAAAGAUACUAUAUAUAUAGUUUAUCCGUUUGGAUAGAAUAUUGAUUUAAGCCUACACAUUAUUAAAAACUUUAUAGGUUCUGCUACUAACCUGAAGAUGAUGUAUACCACAAGUCUUACAAAUCUGAUGCAUAAAAGCGGAGUUACGAAGGUUUUUGAGCUCAGAGACCUGGAAGAACUUUCGGAUGAAUGGUUACAAGAAAACCUGGAUCGCACAACCUGAGUUAAUAAAUUGACCUUUAGAUCCAAUUUUGUUAAUUUUUUUACAUAAAUUGAAA